AAUUUUAAAGGGUGCCUAGAGACUGUCUAUAAUUUUAAGGGUGCCUCGGGACUGUCCAUAAUUUUAAGGGGUUGCCUCUGGGACUGUCCAUAAUUUUAAAGGGUGCCUCAAGACUGUCUAUAAUUUUAAAGGGCGCAUUGGGACUGUCCAUAAUUUUAAAGGGUUCCAUGGGAUUGUCCAUAAUUGUAAAGGGUGCCUCAAAACUACUGUCUAUAAUUUUUAAAGGGUGCCUCAGGACUGUCCAUUUAAUUUUAAAGGGUGCCUCAGGAUUGUCCAUAAUUUUAAAGGGUGCCUCGAGACUAUCU